UUGGCUGGGUGCAACUUCCAUUUUAGGUGUUAGAGCUGAGCGGGGAGGGGGGGGGAAAGCGAGAGAAAGGUCCCGCAGGAAAAGGAGGUGGAGGAAAGGAUCGCUACACCGCCGCUCUGCUUUUCUUCGUCUUUUGUAUGUGUGUGCAUUUUUUAAAAAAGCUUCCCUUGACAGUGAUUUUGUUCUUAGAUGCGUUAGCGUUUUUUCUUAGGAAACUGCAUGCUUAUUCCCCCCCCCCCUUUCCCUUGCAUUUGCAGAGGGACAAAAAGACGUCUGGUCCAAUGCAGUGUCUGCGCGAAGUUGUCAAGCUGAAUGAUUAAAAGGAGAGAUAGAGGAACAGUUGAGUCGGCGACAAAACCCUGCCUGGAGAAAAAAAACCUGCUUUUUCCCCCUUUUUUCUCUCUUCCUCUCCUUCCCUUGUUGUAAACCUUCAAGGGGAAGAAGUAAAACUUGCUUAGUUAGCAUCUGCGAAAGGGGCUUCGCGGUUCCAGGAGGCGGAAGGGAACAAAAAAAGACAAAGCCUUUUCCCUCCUGCUUCCUUGCUGUUGGUGGCUGGGCUGCUUCUCCCAUGAUUUUCUGCACUUAGACCAGGCUGUGCCUUAGCCAAUCAAAUCAGACCGGCCUUCCUUCACAGUGAGGGGCUCCGUCUUCCCUCCCCCCCAACCCCCCUUUCUGUGUGACGUCACUUCCCACAAACCCCGUGGCAUCUCCCUGCCUUGCACCCACUCUCCCCCCACGCGGGGCCUUCACAACCAUGGAUGACUCGGAAGUGGAGUCGACGGCCAGUAUACUUGCCUCCGUCAAAGAGCAGGAGGCACAGUUUGAGAAGCUGACACGGGCUCUGGAGGAAGAACGGCGCCAUGUCUCUGCGCAGCUGGAGCGCGUCCGUGUCUCCCCACAGGAUGCCAGCCAGACCAUGGCCAACGGCACCCUCACUCGCCGGCACCAGAACGGCCGUUUUUUGGGCAAUGCUGACCUGGAGAGGCAGAAAUUCUCAGAAUUGAAACUCAACGGACCACAGGACCACAGUCACCUCAUAUACAGCACCAUUCCUAGGAUGCAGGACCCAGGCCAGAUUGUGGAAGAGACUUACACCAUGGAGGAGGACCCAGAAGGUGCCAUGUCAGUGGUUUCAGUAGAGACCUCAGAUGAUGGGACAACUCGCCGUACAGAGACCACGGUGAAGAAAGUAGUGAAGACCAUGACCACACGCACCGUGCAGCAAGUUCCCGUUGGUCCAGAUGGGCUACCAGUGGAUGGCUCUCCAGUUACCAACAACUACAUCCAGACCAUAGAUAGGAACUUCAGGAAAAACACCAAUGGUGGCCCUGGGGGCUACAUGAGCCAGCCAGGCACAGCCACCCUCCCACGAAAUUAUCACUAUCCAGAUGGUUAUGGCCGCCCGUAUGAGGAUGGCUACCAUGGCAGCGAACAUAACUACGGCAGCCUGUCCCGUGUGACCCGCAUUGACGAGCGCUACCGUCCUACCAUGGAUGGCUACCGAGCCCCCAGCCGGCAGGAUGUUUAUGGGCCUCAGCCACAGGUGCGGGUAGGGGGAAGCAACAUGGACUUGAACCGCUUCCAUCCUGAGCCUUAUGGGCUGGAGGAUGACCAGUGCAGCAUGGGAUAUGACGACUUGGAUUACGGCACAAUGCCCGACUAUGGUACAGCCAGGCGGACUGGGACUCCCUCUGAUCCUCGCCAGAGACUCAGGAGUCAUGAGAACAUGUUGUUGGAUGACAUGGCCAGAGACCAGUAUUACUGGGCCCCGCUGGCCCAGCACGAGAGGGGCAGUUUAGCGAGCCUGGACAGCCUGCGGAAAGGAGGCCCGCCCUCAGGCAACUGGCGUCAACCGGAGCUUCCCGAGGUGAUAGCCAUGCUGGGCUUCCGCCUGGAUGCCGUGAAGUCCAACGCAGCAGCCUACCUGCAGCACUUGUGCUUCCGCAACGACAAGGUGAAGACGGAGGUGCGCAAGCUGAAGGGCAUUCCUGUGCUCGUGGGGCUGCUGGACCACCCCAAGAAGGAGGUGCACUACGGGGCGUGUGGGGCCCUCAAGAACAUCUCCUAUGGCCGGGACCAGGACAACAAAAUCGCCAUCAAGAACUGCGACGGCGUCCCUGCUCUGGUGCGGCUGCUGCGGAAGGCGCGUGACAUGGACCUUACGGAAGUCAUUACGGGGACACUGUGGAACCUCUCCUCUCACGACGCGAUAAAGAUGGCCAUUGUGGAUAACGCCUUACAUACCCUCACGGACGAGGUUAUCAUUCCACGCUCGGGGUGGGAGAGGGAGCCCAGCGAGGACUCGAAACCCCGCCACAUAGAGUGGGAGUCGGUGCUUACCAACACCAUUGGAUGCCUUAGAAAUGUCAGCUCGGAGAGGAGCGAAGCCCGCCGGAAGCUGCGGGAGUGUGAUGGGCUGGUGGAUGCCCUUAUCUGCAUUGUCCAAGCAGAGAUUGGCCAGAAAGAUUUAGACAGCAAGCUCGUGGAGAACUGUGUCUGCCUGCUGAGGAACCUCUCCUACCAGGUGCACCGCGAGAUCCCCCAUGCCGAGCGCUUCCAGGAGGCCCCCCUUGCUGCGGCCAACAGCACCGGCCCCCACGCAGCCAGCUGCUUUGGUGCCAAAAAGGGCAAAGGUAAAAAACCGACCGAGGAUCCCUCGGCCGAUAUCGUCGACUUCCCCAAAAGACCAACCCCUGCAAAAGGUUAUGAACUCCUCUUCCAGCCAGAAAUUGUCCGUAUCUAUAUCUCGCUGUUGAAAGAGAGCAAAACCCAAGCGAUCUUAGAAGCCUCAGCGGGAGCCAUCCAGAAUCUGUGUGCUGGGCGUUGGACGUACGGGCGGUACAUUCGCUCUGCGUUGCGCCAGGAAAAAGGUCUCUCUGCCAUUGCUGACCUUCUGACUCACGACAGCGAGCGCGUGGUGAAAGCUGCCUCUGGCGCUCUGCGCAACCUGGCAGUGGAUUCCCGUAACAAAGAGCUGAUAGGUAAACAUGCCAUCCCCAGUUUAGUGAAGAAUUUGCCAGGGGGACAGCAGAUGCCGGCCAAGAACCUCUCUGAAGACACCGUGGUCUCUGUGCUAAAUACUAUAAACGAGGUUAUUGUGGACAACUUGGAAGCAGCAAAGAAACUGCGGGAGACACAAGGCAUUGAGAAGCUGGUGCUGAUCAACAAAUCUGGGAACCGCUCAGAGAGAGAAGUUAGAGCAGCUGCUCUUGUAUUGCAGACCAUCUGGGGAUAUAAAGAGUUGCGGAAGCCGCUGGAGAAAGAAGGCUGGAAGAAGGCUGACUUCCAGGUGCAGCAGAAUAACGCCUCUAGAAGUCAGGGUGGCAACUCCUUUGAUGACAGCACCUUGCCCCUCAUUGAUAAGAACCAAAAAGGAGACAAGAAAUCCUCUCGAGAAGAGAUCCAAAUGGGCAACAUGGGACCAGACAACUACUCUACACUGAAUGAGCGGGAACAUAAUAGGACAUUGGACCGAUCUGGAGAAGAAAUGGAAUCUAUGAAGGGAGCACCACUGAUGCAGGAGGAGGAAGGGCUGGAAUCCCUUGAGGAGAAUGACCACUUGUCUUAUCCCCCUAUGCAGAAAAUCUAAGAGUUGCCACCAUCUGCCUUCUCCGUUUUGGGUUUAUAACAUACUAUGUAUAACUCUUCGUGGUGAAAUGGACUGACACUUUUUUUUAAUCUCUUGGCACACAAGUCCAGCCACCCAGCCAAAAUGACUGCCCCCCCCCCCGAGCCCAGAGGGCCUCACACCUCCCUAUAGACGACUGCACAUCCAAUCCUCUGGACACUUUUUUUUGUCUAUAAUAUUUUUCAAAAACGCAGCAAUUCUUGAAGACCAAAUACUCCUGAUGGAUCUCACUAAAGCGACUAAGGCAGUCACCUAAGUUACAAGCUCCUGCCGUAUCCAUAGCAGCUGAUGGAAACCACUGGUGCAGACGGCUCUCAACUGGACUCUCGACCAUACUGGAACUAGUUUUUCUUAAAGGAGAUGUGCUGGCUCUCUUCGUUGCAAAGUGGCACAAGGGCCUCCUCCUCCUUCUCUUAGCCUAUAGAAUAUAUUUUUGUGUGUGAUUUCAUUUUUUGCAACAAAGGAUGCUGGGAAUACUUGAACAUUCCUAGUGGUGGGUGGUGGUGGUGGUGUUGAGGGAGGGUGGGAAAUGGCCAAGGAGGGACCAGCUUCUGAGUGGCUGCAUCUGGGUCCUCUGGAUGCUGGAUGGCCUUCAAGAGUGCCUCUGUGAGGGGACAGCCCUCUGUAUCCUCAUAGGCUGAGGAAGAAUGUGUGCGUUUUCAUCUGCUGCCUCCCGUUUCUUAGUCGCUUCUCGAUGGUUUAGUCUGAACUGGGUUAACUCAGAGUUUAGGAAGCUAUUUAUUUGUGGGAGAAGAGCAGCUUAUGGGGUGCAGGGGUUUGAGGGUCGCAGAAGAAGGCUGAGUAUGUUAAGUGAACGUUUGGUGGAAAGGGCGCACGUCUUCAUACCCCAAAGGGGCAAUUUUGGCUUUCCCUUGGGGAGGACACCAUGAGGCAUCUGGUUUUGGGUCGCUGAUGGAUCACUUCAGUGGUGGGUGCCUAAAUUGGAGUGCAGAGCAGGGGCCGGGGGACUGAUGAAGGGAGAAGUUUGGGGUCGCAGAAAGUGUGUGAGGGAGGGAAGGCGGCAGGCAGACUAUCUGUAAAUAUUGCCCAAAUCCUCCCAUGCAGGCAGGGGAACAAAACAGUUAUCUGUCCCUAUUUACACGUGCCUUUCUUUGCCACUGUGAAAUAGCUUGGUGCUUUUGCUGGGUUUUGAGACAGGACGCUGGAGUGCCUCGACUGGAGAGAGGGUGUUUUCUUUUCUUUUUUGGCAUAGAGUUAUGCUCCCGCUCUCUCUUGACUCCUUGCCUGGGAACCGGAAUCCUGAUGUCGCCGUGUGACCUUGCUGUACUCAGGAGGCUGAGGGGGAAAGACCAGGAACUCACCUAAAGGCUCAUGGGGCUGGGGAGGGCGAGGUGAGAGCACUGUUCGGCGAGGAUCAUGAUGUGCACCUUAAUGGCUCCCCUCUUCAGGGAACAAGAGGAAUUUAGGGCCUGCUUACAGACCUGAGUCCUAAUCUCCACAGCAGCAGUAAAGGGGACCAUAGUGAGUAGCUCUGGGCACCAUAUUGGUGAGUCCACCCUUUUCUACUGAAGAGGACCGCCACCUUUCCCGCCUCCCUUCCUCCCGGCCUCAAAGUUAUGCCUUGGCCCAGUAACUGGAAGGAGCUCUGUUGCCCUUGACUCCUGUGAUUCUCUCCACAUCCAAACAAUCGUUCACAUUGUACAAGAGGGAAGGCCUAAGGUGGAAGAUUCUCGGUGCCUCUGUAAUAUGCUCCAAUCCCAGUUUUUUCUUUCCUUUAGGGGGAGUGGGAGGGACUAAAGAUGUAAAUCAGCUUUCUGAGGGGAGGAGUCACUCAACUUUUUCUAAUGUAAAACACUAUUUCUUUUUUUAAAAAUUCCAGAUGAACCAAACAAAAAAAACAACAACCCUUCCCUGCUGACCAAUUCAAUGCUGUAGGACAGCCUUCCCUCAACCUGGCGCCCUCCGGAUGAGUUGGACUACAGUUCCCAGCACCCCCCAGCAUGGCUGGCUGGGGGGUGCUGGGAACUGUAGUCCACAUCCGGAGGGCAACAAGUUGCGGAGAGGCUGCUGUAGGAGGGACUAAUAACUCACUGACGUUUAUUUCGUUUUGUUGCUUUUCCUUCGCACCCCCUGGGGGACGGGGAAAUCCUGCUGUUCUUUGAGUCCUGCGCUCACUCUGUAAUGCUUUUAAAAUGAAAUGAUUUUUAUAUAAAUAAAGUUUUAAAGUGUGUAUUUGUUAAGAUGGAA